AUGUUUCUCUUCUUCGUGGUUGUGGCUUCGCUCUCCAUCGUUCCGACCAUCCUGUUCGUCUGCGGUGACAACAAGAAGAAGGAGAAGAAGAGGAAGGAGGAGAAGGAGAAGAAGAGGAAGGAGGAGAAGGAGAAGAAGGAGAAGAAGAGGAAGGAGGAGAAGGAGAAGAAGAGGAUGGAGGAGGAGAAGAAGAAGAGGAAGAGGGAGAUGAAUAAGAAGAAGAAGGCCCCCAAAGGUGAUUACGGUGCAAGCAAUUGCUGCAGUGCCAUAGCUGACAGCAUUGGCGGAGGUGGGGACGGUGGAGAUGGAGGGGUCGGAGACGGUGGAGGAGGAGGUGGAGGUGGGGGCGACGGUGGUGGGGGCGGCGGCGGAGGUGGCGGCGACGGUGGCGGGGGCGGUAGCGGCGGAGGGUAUUGUUGA